UCUAUUUAAAUUCUUCAUUUCUCACAUUACCUCACCACCUUCUAAACAAUCUCUCAACUCCGAUCCCUUAGUUAAGGUUAAGAAAAAGAUCGAAUUUUCAAUGAAAAUUAGGGCUGGAAGUUUCAUUACCAUUUUUGUGUGGGCAGUACUAUGUUUCGUGUUCUUUAACGAAGCAUUAGCGACAGGUGUUACAACUUUUAAUGUUGUCGACUUAGGAGCGGAACCCGACGGCGAAACGGACGCGGCCGAGAUUUUCCAACGGGCGUGGUGUGCAGCUUGUGGGUCCCCGGAUCCGGCCAAGAUUUAUGUGCCGGAGGGAAUGUUUUUGAUCCGGCAAGCAUAUUUUAGCGGGCCUUGCGAGAACAACAACAUUGUCUUUGAAAUUUGGGGCACCCUUGUUGCUCCUUCCGAUUACAACGUCAUCGGCAAUGACGAUAACUGGCUGGCGUUUGAACAUGUUGACGGAGUUGCCAUCAUCGGCGGCAAACUUUACGGUCAAGGCGCCGGCCUCUGGGCUUGUAAGGAUUCCGGCAACGAAUGUCCCAAGGGCGCAACGAACUUGUCAAUUACAAACUCAAAAAACGUUGUCGUCACUGGGCUGCUUUCCCUAAACAGCCAAAUGUUCCACGUCGUCGUCAACCGGUGCGGUAGGGUAACGAUGCAAGACAUUGAAAUCAAGGCCCCCGGAGACAGUCCCAACACAGAUGGAAUUCAUGUUCAAUUAUCAUAUGAUGUUACUAUACUCAACUCUAAAAUAACAACCGGAGAUGACUGCAUCUCAAUUGGACCGGGUGCAAAAAAUUUGUGGAUGGAAAAUAUUUUAUGUGGACCUGGCCAUGGUGUUAGCAUUGGGAGUUUGGCCAAGAAUUUAAAAGAAAAAGGGGUGCAGAAUGUGACGUUGAAAACAGCUACGUUCAAGAACACACAAAACGGAGUGAGAAUAAAAGCUUGGGGUAGACCAAGUAAAGGGUUUGCCAGAAAAAUCGUUUUCAAAGAUUUAAAAAUGAGGAAUGUCCACAACCCCAUUCUCAUCGACCAAAACUAUUGCCCAGACAAUAAAAAUUGUCCGGGUCAGGCUUCGGGAGUGAAAAUUAGGGAUGUAACGUACCAGAACAUCGUGGGAACGUCUGCAACAGAGGUAGCGGUGAAGUUCGAUUGUAGCAAGAAGAACCCCUGCAAGAGAAUAAGAAUGAGUAACGUAAAGCUGAAGUUCAAAAAGAAAAGGGCUCGAGCUUCUUGUGCAUACGUUGCGGGAGAGGCUUAUGGCCAAAUCGAGCCUUCCAGUUGUCUCUAGGAAUGGAAAUUCGAUCGAGCAAUAUAACGCAAGAAGUAGGAAUAUAAAUAUAUAAUUAGUGCAUUAUAUUAUGCAUGUAUGUAACUGAUAAGUUCGGAGGUGCAACCACGCCAUGGGCGAAUGUAGAUGAGCUCACUUCCGGCGUCAGCUUGCAUUGUUUAUUAACAAUGGAAUUAAUCUAUGAUUAGUUCAUUAAUGACUCCUAAGCUAUACUCUCGCGCGCCUUUGUCCUAGCUAGCUAGCUAGGCCUUCUAGGCCUAAUAAUAUCUAAUCUUGAUCGAUCUUCAAGUUAAAUGAAUUGAUUGGAUUAACAACUCUUAA